GGCAACCUUAUGUUGCAACUUCAAACUUGAUCUCUGAUUGCAGGGUUGUAGCUUACAGCUAGGCAAGUAGUGUUAUGAUAUCUCAACCGUGGCGUUGACCUCGGAGAGUUGGGUCGGAAGAUGCGAACAUGACAUGCCAUUUGUAGACUGAAGAAAAUUUAUAUAUAAGUCUGACGAGCGUGAUCAUGGAUAAGAGUCAAACUGGGAUAAUCAAGGGAGACUGCCUUGAUCUGCCUCUAGCCCUGUAACAUGGCUUCACAUCGAGGUUCAAUGUCACGUAUAAUUAGUACUCUUCUGUAUUGUAUUCUUUUCACUCCGGCCGCCAGUCAGUAUAACCAGUUCACGACAUCUGUGGCCCCUGGAACAACAUUGUGGUAUCCAGAGGGCAAUGGAAAUGGGGUUUCCUAUACUGUUCGCUCUGACCCGCCCUCGGGAACGGUCACGGUCACCACCUCUGGAACUGCUACCACGACAACAGUCAUUGAUGGGAGGUCUAUCCCUACCCUCGUCUACAACUGCGCGUUUAUGCCCUUUAUUUGUAAGAAUAUAGCCAACCACAUUCAGAACCAAGGCGACUGGAAAUUUGACAAUAACGGUCUCAUGAAACUGCAUGUCGACAUUACGGGCCAGGCAAAUAAUGAAGCUCGUCGAUCCGGGACGUGUGAGAACAAAUCUAAGAAAAACCCGUCCCUGUACAACAAGAACGGGUAUCCGAACGACUGCAAGGACAUAGGGUCAACCACGGGUAUCCGCACCCUGUACAGCAAAUAUUUUACUCUUCCAGUCUCAAGUGUCGACAAGCAACCCCAAAUCAUCCUGGGACCACCAGACCCAACUGACCCGACAAAGAACUUGUUCAGCGGUCUGGUUUACACAUGCGACGAGUUCCCAUCGGCCAGUUGGAUCGAAGGAGGACGUGGCUUCAACAAUGGAGGUGUCGAGGCAGAGGUUAUCUGUACUCCACAGUCUGCAGCGUGUGGUGCAGGAGCGGCAGCGAUCCAGGCAGCCUUUGGACAAAACGUCAACCUUGGGAAAAACCCCAGCGAACAGGAUUGGCAAGCUAGAGCCCUUUCCAGCCUCCGAGCAGCAGUUAUACGAGCCCACAAGAUCAAGAGUGCGCCAGCAGGUUCGAACCAAGACUCUAAGGACCCUUUCGUUGGUGUGUUUUUCUUAUCCACAACCACACAGGCUGCGCCAACGACAUCCAGGGCAUGGGUUGUAGACGAGAAGGGAAAGACCCGGAUUUUCCAGAGAACAAAGCCCACUUCGAUCCCUCAGAAGCGUGACCUGGUUCCUCGCCGGCCAAAAGCCCCUGCGUUGGAGAUGAUUGAAAGUAUUAUCGGAAAUACGUCAGAGCCGAUUCCGGAUGACACCAUUCACCCUGCGGCAAUCUCUUCACGGCCGACGCCGGGGCGAUCUGCGUUCGGUGCCCCAACAGCAACAGCAGCAGCAACGGCAGUACCCGAGCCUCUUUGGAUAUACAAUCCGGUGAACCAACUGGAGGGAAGCAGACUCAUCCCUCGCAGUGUUUACCAGCUCCGCGGGCGACAAGUAUCGGCAGCCGAGAUAAACAAUGCUCGGACCUUGAUCGACAAAGUCUCUCCCGAAAUAUUGGCGUCUAACUCGCGCAAACUAGCUCAUCCCAGAAUAAAUCAUAAAGAAGGACCGAGUGCGGCGCGAGUCGUAUCCCUGAACGACACAGUACCAAAGCCCACGGCGGGGGAUUACAAUCCCAUUAGCAAUGAGGUCAAAGAGGCAGCCGCCCUUCUAGCCGAAUUCGAUGCUCAGAACGGUAAUCUUGAAUACACAUGGCCUCUACCGAAGUCAAACGGGACGGGCAACAACCAUAAAAGAGCAGCAACGUCAUACUGGUAUGCGGCUAUAAGCCCUAAGGGGCGCAGCCCUUUCAAUCCUGCCGGCCUGUCAUAUCAAGUUUACAAGCAUGCGAUUGAUGACUGCCAUGCCAAGGGCGACGGCGUGACUGAUGAUACCAAGGCCAUCCAGGACUGUAUCGCAGAUCAAGAUCGGUGCGGAGGAGAUGAUCUGAAGUGCGCAUCGACGUCUGUGAUGCCUCUGGUCAUCUACUUCCCCCCCGGAAACUACCUCGUCAGCUCCACUAUCGAAAUGUACUUCCAGACGCUUCUGGUUGGUGAUCCGAUCGAGCGACCCGUCAUCAUUGCUGCCCCUUCGUUCCAAGGCUUAGGUGUUUUAAGCUCGGAUCACUAUAUUCCGGGGGCGGGUGGAGCGAGUUGGUACGUGAACCAGAACAAUUUUAUGCGGCAAGUCCGCAACUUCAUCAUCGAUAUCCGUAACACGCCUGAUAACCCGAUCGGAGUCCCGGCACCGGGCCCGGCCUGUCUGCACUGGCAGGUGGCGCAGGCAACCUCGUUGCAGAACAUUGACCUGUACAUGAAGCCGAGCUCGCGCGGCCAUGUGGGAGUCUUUAUGGAGAACGGCAGCGGCGGCUUGAUCACGGGCCUGAACUUCCACGGCGGCUACGUCGGCCUGCGCGCAGGAAAUCAGCAGUUCACCAUCAAGGACCUCACCUUUGAAAACUCUCGCACUGCGAUCCAGGCCAUCUGGGACUGGACUUUCCUAUGGCAGAACAUUCAAAUCACGGGCGCGACGACGGGCAUCGACCUUAUCAAUCAGGACCUCAAGAACACCGCGGCUCCGCAACAGACGUUUGCCUACCUGCUGCUCGACAGCACCAUCAGCGCCACCACCGGGAUCCGGACUAAUCCCUUUAUAGCAAGCGACGGCUACGCCCAGAUGACUCUGGAUAACGUUGACUUCAGCGGCUCCGCCGUGGCCGUGAGGCAGACCACUGGCGAGACGAUCCUCGCCGGCGGCACCAAGGUGGACUCGUGGAUCUGGGGCAUCGUCGCCAGUAAGGACAGCCCUACCGGCCGACAGGUUCGGGGCGAAGCUGCGAAGCCCGUGCGCAGAAAACCAGCUGGCCUGCUCGGGCCAGACGGCAAAUAUUUUAGCAAGCAGAAGCCACAAUACGAAGAUGUGCCCGCGGCGUCGUUUAGGAAUGCCCUGUCAAGUGGCUGCAAAGGUGACGGCGUAAGCGACGACACAAAAUGUCUCCAGACUCUGUUCGGGUCGCCUGGCUAUGUGUUUGUGCCCGCAGGCGUAUACCGCGUCACUGACACAAUCAAGGUCGUAUCAGGUGUCAAGAUUGUCGGUGAAGCUUGGAGUGCCAUCACCGCCGCCGGCGACAAGUUUAGCGACAUGACCAAGCCGCUCGUCUUGGUUCAGGUUGGGGAGAAGGGCGAGUCCGGAAACGUCGAGAUCUCCGACAUACUCUUCCAGGUGGAGGGCCCCAUGGCCGGCGCCAUCUUGGUAGAAUGGAACUUGAGAGCGGACGCGGCCGGCAGUGCAGGUAUGUGGGAUACGCACUUUCGGGUGGGAGGCAAUCUCGGCUCGAACCUCAUAUCGGAUGACUGUCCAAGGUUGACCGGGGCGGUCAAUACCGAUUGCAUUGCCUCUAGCAUGCUGUUUCAUAUCACCCCAUUUGCCAGUGGGUAUUUCGAGAACAUCUGGGCUUGGGUCGCAGAUCAUGACUUGGAGACGAAUUCUGGUGUCCAGAUCGAUGUCUACUCUGCUCGAGGCAUUCUAAUCGAGUCGACGCAUCCGACGUGGCUCUACGCGUCCGCCUCGGAACACAACGUCCUAUACCAAUACAAGAUCCGAGGCGCCAAUAAUCUUUUCUUAGGAAUGAUACAAACGGAGUCUCCCUACUUUCAGAGCAGCCCUCCCGCGCCCAAACCGUUUGAAAAGUCUGUCGGACUCUUUACAGGAGAUCCGCGGUUUUCUGACUGCCGAAGCGGGACACCCGGUUCUUGCAUGGCCUGGGGCGUCAUGAUUGAGCAGUCGUCCAACGUCCUCAUCUAUGGGGCCGGCUUGUAUAGCUGGUUUCAGAAGUACGCCCAACACUGUUUGAGCCAGAUAGACUGUCAAGAGAAGAUCUUAUAUCUUUCCGGGGAUAGGAAUAUCUAUAUAUACAAUCUGGCGACUGUGGGCACCGAAGACAUGGUUACUAGUCCGGGCGCUAGGGUAGACGCAAUGGUGCAUAAUAGCCCGCGUAGCAACGUGUCUUCGAUUAACGGCUGGCUGGGCGACGCCGACGGGAGCCUGGAUGAGGGCAACGAGCCGGGCGCGACUAUUACUCUGUCCCAGACUAUCUGGCUAUGGCCAGAGGCCCAGCCAGAUGGUAAGGGCCCUAUGACCGUAGCAUGCACGCCGCCUUGCGUCUUCGACUUCCCAGCCAUCACGUUCCCGCCGCUACAGCCACCGCCUCUCGUCACCAACGUACCAGGCCUGGGCGUCGUAACGGUCACCCCGCCAGCCUUGAUCAACGCUACAUUUGACUGGAACCCCGUGACAUACGACCCAGAAGACGAGGCUAUCACGACUGUCACACCUAGUUCGAACAUGACAGAGAUCCCGGUGCCUCCGUGGUCGUGUGGCGACAUAUGUGGUGGCACAGUCAUAACAUUCCCAGCUAUCACGUUCCCGGUGCCCAGGCCGACCGAUGCCCCCUGCUGGGUAUUCUGUGACGGCAUUGAUCCGAAGCAUCCUCCUGUUGUGAUCGGCCCAGGACCAGCCCCCGGACCCCCGCCACCUCCGGAGAACGACGAUGACGACGAGGGAUCAGGCGGCGGCGACGACGAUGACGACGACGAUUGCACGCAAAAUAUAUGCCCUUUACCCUGCCAUGGACCAGACUGCACCAAAGGUGAAGACUGCGACGACGACGAUUGCGUGCGUGGUGGCGACUGUAUUGGGCUGUAUUGUACCGGGGGUGGCUCAUGCAAAGGACCCAAAUGUAAAAGGGGUGGAGGGUGUCAAGGUGAUAAAUGCGAUCACGGUGGCGACUGCGAAGGUGACCACUGUGACCACGGUGGUGAUUGCGCAGGCCUCCUUUGCAGGCACGGUGGUGGCUGUCUCGGCUUAUUCUGCCACCGCCCCGGAGGUUGUGAGGGGCCUAUUUGCGGUCCCGGAGAUUGCGUGGGACCCGCGUGCGGCACUGAUCCAUGUACCGGAACGGGCUGUAAUACCGGCGGAUGCACAGGGCCGAACUGCGAUACCGGCGGGUGCGAAGGAGAAGACUGUGAUCCCGGUGAAGGCGAUGAUGAUGACGAUGACGACGACGACGACGAGGAUGACGAGGACGAGUUUUGCGCGCUCGACGAAGAUCUGAUUCCCAACGUCGACACCGCCGAUGAAGAAGGCAUGGGCGUCUCAGGCUACACUGGAGCCGACAGCAACUCGGGAGGCAACGUGGGCAAGGGGGGCAUCAACGGGUCCGGCACAGGCUGCAUCGACGACGACGACGGAUCCAUUUACCCGUGUCAGGGCUCGGGCAGCCAGCCCACGACCACGCCUCGCCCUACGAGCACGACAACCAUGACUGUGUCUCGUCCCACCGACACCGCUGAUCCGCCACUACCAACCCAACCUAUCGAUCCAGACCACACGCCAUACUGUUUCCGUGACCAUAACGACAGCGGUCGGUGGGAGAGCUUCACCAAUCCCGAGGCCGAGAAGGUCGCGAAGACAAUGUGCUAUUCCAGAGAUGUGCUAGAGCCUGAUGACACUCGCGGGCUCGUGUUCCGAGGCCCCGGUUACAUGAUCCAGUCUGUGACCUGGGCCCAGGAUCAAGGCGGAUGUAGACCCAAGGCGGAUGUCCCCAUCGGCGAGGACGACUGGUGCUAUUCGACAAUUGAGGCGAUCCUGGUCCAAUGCGAUUUUGAAAGAGAUGGCGGGACCAUCCAGGCGUUCGGCGGCGGCGUUGUCGAGGACAGCGAGGACUACGGGUGCGUUACUUGGUACGUCGGCGCGGACUCGUCACAAGGCGGCAGAAUUGGCGGUGACGGUGACGAUCAAGCCCUGGCAGACAAGGUAGCCAAGCUGGAGGCGGGUUUUCCGAAGAUCAAGACGCAGAAGGGCCAGUCGGUCUGGGAUGUUCUCAUGAAGCUUUCUUAGGGCUUUGGGAGAAUUCGAAGUUGAACCAAUCCUUUCGAUCCCCUUUGACAAUCUUUACCACCUACUUAUUGUUAAGCAUAUUACUUUUAAUAUGGAAUCAUACCUUUUAGUAUAGCCAAACAUCAAUAUCUAAACCCGUUUACUUUCUA